UCUUGUGCACCGGUGCUUUGUACUGACUACUGUGUCUGUGUGAUCGCGUGCAUUUGCAUUGAUUGAGAUCGCAGUCCGAUGGCGAUGGCAUGCCAUGGAUGUAUAUUAUGGGCCCUUAGUUUACCUUUGCAAUCAAUCAUGACGAUGCCUGCCGUAUACAUGUGGUUUCUUUCUUUGGUAUUGAUCGAUGACCAGAUUCCAAGAUGGAUGAAACCCAGUGGUUGAACCUCAAAAAGCAUCUGGCUGUGUACAUGGUGGAAGUGUACUGCUGUAAGCUGUGCAAUGACUUUUCGUCCACUCACAAGACUGUGGUUGCAUCCCACAUGAACAGUGUGCAUCCAGGAGAUGUGGAGGGUCUGAUGAAACUCGACCCCAACGAACCGAGCACCGUGGCUGACACCGAGGUACAGUUCACAGAGGAGGAAGACAGCGGAAGCAAGGAGGAGGCUGCGGGGGAAAGUGCUGAUUUAGUGUUUGCCAGGCAGGUAGCCGAGAGCAAACAUAUCGAGAAAGAGAUCUUGCAGAUGCUACAGACCAACAGUGACGUGCUUCUGCAAGCGGCUGGUGAAGAGACCAAACUGAUGCAGGGUGGAACCAACAAAGAAAACAGACGAUCCAAGAAAAACAAGAAGCGUAAGAAAGCAAAGAAAAAGGACGAGGGCAAUAAAAAGCCAAGGAGGAAAAAUAAGACUUGCAAGAUGUGUAACUUUACGACAAAGUCUUCCGAAGAAUUCAAAUCUCACCUUGAGAGUCACUACAAGGAUCCCAACAGUCGCGUGUGCGAUGUCUGCGAGACCGUAUUUGAUUCGUACAAGGCCCUGUUGAAGCAUACAAGAAAAGGAUGCCCUCCUACUCAUCCGCAGGUUUAUAAGUGUGAAGAGUGUGGGAAAAUUUGCCAUGAUCGCAGAGCUAUCAUAGAGCAUAUGGUUGUCCAUUCGGAAGAGAGACCCUACUCUUGUCAUAUUUGUGGCAAAUCGUACAAAACCAAAAAGAUUUUACGCCGCCAUGAAGGGAUCCAUGCCAUGUCUAGGGAUGUCUUCCAGUGCCCUGAGUGUACCUUCAAGACCCAUUGGAAAACCAAUAUCAAGCGGCAUAUACUAGAGGUCCACCAAAAGGAUUCCCGUCCACUGUACUCCUGUUCCCACUGCCCUUUUACCACGCCCAACAAAAGAUACAUCGAAAAGCACAAGUUUGGCCAUUGGAAGGACUGCCCUUAUAUGUGUGAGAACUGUGGGAAGAUGUUCAAGGCCGAAAUAGACCUCGAGGACCAUAAACAGACCCAUGUGCAACCUGAUGUUGCCUGGCAGCUGAUCCAGCUCCAGAACAGUGAACCACAACUGGUGGAGGAGACGAUCGUCCAGUACCAGCCGCAGCUGCAGAUGCAUGCCCAGGAGAUUCAGAUCCAUGACCCUAAUACUGAUCUGCAGUCUGUUCAGGUCACUAUGGCUGAGCAUGAUGAAGCAGCUAAGACUAUUGUGCUUUCACAGAUCCCUGUUGUGCAGUACUUGGACAUCGUGGCUGGAGAAGUAGUUUCAGGUCAAGAAAUCCAAGAAUAACUACAUUUAUGCUGUGUGAUAUUUCCCAUGUGCCUUAAAAGGAAGCAUUUAAAGAUAAAAAGUCCAAGUUGUCACCUGAAAACCAUCAAUUCCCACCUUGGGUUAUUCGGAAAUUUACAUCAUUGAUGCAGUGACUAUUGAAAAUGAAAAGCUUUGUCAAGUUGCAUAAACAUGUAUGCAAUGAAAGAUGUUUUAGUCUUUGUGGGUACUAAUGAAUUUGUCUAUUACUUCCAAAUUAAAGGACAAGUCCAACCCAACAAAGAGUUGAUUUGAAUAAAAAGAGAAAAAUCCAACAAGCAUACCACUGAAAAUUUCAUCUAAAUCGGAUGUAAAAUAAGAAAGUUAUGACAUUGUACAGUUUCGCUAAAUUUCUAGUAAUAGUUAUAUGCACAUCUUGGUCAGUAUGCAAAUUAGUUGACUGAUGACUUCACACCACUCCUAUUUCUUUUAUAUUUUAUUAUAUGAAAGGUGAAACAUUCAUAUUUUCGCCUCUUUGUCCUGUGAAACAAAAUUUUGUUCCUCCCUGAGUAUGUAGUAUUACAUGUACAUGUACCAUUGUUUUAACAUGUC